AUGGCUGGCCCCACUGGCAAAAGCGCAGCUGGCGCCAAGAAGGGAGGCAAGAAGGCGGCCGAGGCGGCCCCGCAGCCAGAGGAGGCGGCUGCACCCCCUGCCGAUGAUCCCCAGCAGCUGGCCGCCGUGCCCAAGAAGAAGCGCAACAACAACCCCGGCAUCCGCGUGCAGGGAGGGCGGGUGUACGACAGCGAGAACGGCACCACCUGCCACCAGUGCCGCCAGAAGACGGCAGAGACGAAGGCCAAGUGCGCCCGCUGCACGCUGCACUUCUGCCCCAAGUGCCUGGAGAACCGCUACCAGGAGCGGGUGGAGGAGGUGAAUGCGCGGCCGGGCUGGAGCUGCCCGCGGUGCCGGGGCGACUGCAACUGCUCCAACUGCCGCAAGGCGAGUGGCGCGGAGAGGUGGCGGUGGUUGUCUCUGGUUGAGCAGCAUAAGGCGGGCAAGGAGGCCACGGGCCAGCUGGCGGGGAUCGCCAAGAAGGCGGGCUUUGGGUCGGUCAAGGAUUUGCUGGAUAAGAACCCCCACGCCAAGGCCCUGCAGCUGCCCAAGCUGCCCUCGGCCCCCUCUGCCGCCGCUGCCGGCGCUGGUGGCGGCGCGAGCGGCGGCGCGAGCGGCGGCUUCGCGGGCGAGCCGCUGCAGCCGCGCAAGCGGCCCUCUCAGAAGCGCAAGGCGGCGGAGGAGGCCGCUGAGCUGGAGCUUCUGGCGGAUGAGGAGCUUCCGGAGCGGGAGCAGGCGAUGCCGGAGGCCCAGCCCCUGGCAGCCCUCAAGUCUGCCGGUGGCGGCGGCGCGGCGGGCAAGCGGCCGCGCGGCGGGCUGGCGUGGGUGGCAGGCGUGCCAGAGGCGACGGCGCUGCCCGAGGGCCAGGCGGGCGCUGAGCUGGUGGUGGUGCUGGAGUUCCUGCAGGUGUUUGGCGCCAAGCUGCAGCUGCGCGCGCCCUCGCUGGCGGCCUUUGCGGCGGAGCUGCUGCAGGCGCCCCUGGAGGAAGGGGUCGGCGCGCCCCAGCUGCUGUGCCCCUCCCCGGACGACUCGCUGGUGGCGGCGGUGCACUGCAGGCUGCUGGAUGUGGUGCGUGCGUAUUGGAAUGUCAAGGGCGCCGCCACGCCCGCCAGCUGGCAGGGCACGAUGCGCGGGUACUAUGCGGCGUCCCACCUCACCCACCGCCAGGCGCUCGGCCUGCGCUGGCAGCACGGCCCGCCCGCUGUGGCCGGCGAGAUCUUCACUCGCCCUGUGCGGCCAGAGGGGGCGGAGGAGGAGGAGGGCGAGGAGGAGGUGGUGGGCGGCGAGGGCAACGGCGAGGUGCUGCUGGAGGAGGCGGAGCUGGAGGCGGCUGUCGGGGCAGGCGGCGCCGCGGCCGCCGCGAGCGCCGAGUACCCGCCCGGCGGCUACUGGGCGCUGCCGGCGGCGGCGCGGGUGGCCAUGCUGCAUGCGCUGGUGCACGACGCCCUGGAGUGCGAGGAGCUCAGGAACUGCAUUGAGGAGAGCAUGGGCGACGCCCUGGAUGAGGAGAAGGAGCGCAGGCAGCAGCUGGCCGGGGUCCGCAAGGAGGCGCGCGUGGCAGUUGCCAGGGAGCGCGACCAGCAGAUCGCGCUCAUGAUUGCCAACGCCUCCAGCGGCGGCCUGACGCUGGAGCAGCAGCAGCGGAUGCUGGAGGAGGCGCGGCAGCGGGCCGAGGCGGCGGCCCAUACAGGCGAGUGCCCGCCUGCCUUCCUGCGCCUGCGCCAGCUCCGCCUGUGGCGCCCCGCCGAGCUCAAAGGCGCCUCCGUCAGGGCUCUGACCGAAAAGGUGCACCCGCCCACCGUGCGGGCCGCGGUGGUGGGUGCCGACCGCGACGGCCGCCGCUACCUGCAUCUGCAGGCGGCCCCGCUGUUUGCGAGGGAGGGCGGCAUCGUGGUGCAGGCUGCGGGGCCCGAGGGGACGUGCUGCGGCGGCGCCGAGGCCGGCGGCGCCGGCGACAGCUCCCAGGGUGCGGCCUCAGAGGCUUUUCGCUGCUACUCUGCCGCAAGCAUGGCAGGCGUGGCGGCCGCGCUGCACCCGCGCGGCAGGCGGGAGGGUCCGCUGCAAGCGGCGCUGGUGCGGGCCUACAAGCUGCCGUCGCCUGCAGCUGCAGAGGCAGCGCCGCAGGCCGCGGGCGGUGCCGGCGCCAGCAGCAGCGACGCGGAGCUAGAGCAGCAGGCGGGGAGCAGGGAGCAGAGUGCCGAGGUGUCAGUGGCGGGGGACUGCUCGGAGGCGGCGCCGGCGCCGGCGCCGGCGGCCGGCAAGCUGAGGGCCGCAGCCCAGAGGCGCAAGCCGUCGGUCGCUCCAGCCUCCGAGCCCGCCCCAGAGGCCUCAGCUGAGGCUGCCCCGGAGCCGGCAAAGCGCGGCAGGAAGCCCGCAGCCGGCCGGGGCAAGAGCACUGCUGCUGCAGCUCCGAAGGCGGCACCCGAGCCUGCCCCUGCGGCUGCUGGUGGGGCCAGCAAGCGCCGCAGGCAGGGCGGCGAUGCCGAUGCCGGUGAGGGCUCUGCCGUGGCCAAGCGCUCCAAGCCCAGUGCAGGCAUCAAGGCAGCGGCAGCUGCGGCUGUGGCUGGCAAGCGCGGUGGCAGGCGUGCCUCGCCCCGGGGCGCGGCAGGCAAGGCGGCUGGCACCACCACCAGGAGUCGCAAGGCGGCGGCGGUGCAGCAGCUGCCGCUCAAGGGCGCCAGAAGCCAGCAGAGUCAAGUGGCACGGGCGAAGGCUGCUGGGCCCACGCUUGAGCAACAGCGCGAUGGAUCUUGUGUGCAGACCAUUUCCCUGCACGGCGUCGCUCUGCCGGGGCUGGCGGGCCUCAGACACGCCUUCACGGCGCAAUCGGUGGCCGUGACCUGCCCCAGCAGCUCGGAAUUCUGGGUGUCUGUGAGCGGCGGCCGGCAGAGCGUAUCGGCUCAGGGAGGCAGCGCCGUGUCCUGGCAGUGGCGCCGCCACUGCGGCGCUGGCAGCGACGGCAGCGAGCAGGGGAGCGGCGCCACCGUCGCGCCGCUCCUGCCAGGCACCUGCUCCGUCGGCGUGCCAGCCAUGGGCGACUCUGUCAUCACGCUGCAGCAGCCGGGGGAGGCCGACGGUGCCGGAAGCGGCGGCGCGCCGCCAGACCCCUGCACCCUAACAGUGCAGCCGCACUUCUCUGCCCUGCUGCUGGCGCUGUGCGCGGCGGGGGCGGCCCUGCUGCUGCGCGGCCAGGCCUGGAUGCGCAGCCGCCCGGCGGUGGCGCUCGUGCGCGCCUCCUGCAUCCUGGUGCCGCUGGCCACCGCCGCCUGCUGCGUCGCCCUCCUCGCCUCCAUCACCGUCCUCUCCACCGCCGUGCUGGAGCUGCUGCUUACCCACAUCCCCGUCUCGCCCCCCAAGGAGCUGUGGGGCACUGUCGUCGUGGCGAUGGCCGCUGUGGCAGGGAUCGGCACCGGCCUGUCGCUCAUCUGCGCCUGCAUGGCGGUGCAGCUGCGGCCGGCGGCGGUGGCGGCAGCGCCCUGGCUGGCGCAGCUGCUGGGCUUGGCCCUGGUCUGCAGCAACUGCCAGGCACUCAACUGGCUGGUACGCGGCGCCUGCUGCGCGUGGCUGCUGCGCAAGCGCGUGUCGCGGCCACGGGCCGCGCCGGCGCCCGGGCCCGCCAGGGUGGCGGCAGGCGGCGGGCGCAGCCCAGCGGGCGCCAAGCGGGCGCCUUGA